AUGAACCUGGAUGCUGAUCUCCCAGGAUCGAGAAGCGAGAUCCACCCUGCGUCAGACUCUGAUCAUUCCGCAGAGGAGGAUGAUUUCGUUCUGAAAGAAGCUGCACUAAUCCAGAGUGUCCUCAGAUCCCGCGGAGACAGCUUGGGAUUGCAGUCGGCCCUCGGCGGAGAAUGCUUCUCCGUGUCCGAGCGCUUGGUCCUGGAGGUCCUCCGGCGGCACCGCUCCGACUGGAAGGCCGCCUCGUCUUUCUUCGACUGGGCCUCCGUUCAAGAGGGCUACUCCCACGGAUCUAGAGCGUACAACGAGAUGCUCGACAUUCUCGGGAGGAUGAAGCAGAUCAAGCUAAUGCGGCAGCUGUUCGACGGGAUCCCGCACGAGCCCUCUGCGCCCAUCGUGAACGAGAAGACUUUCGCCGUCCUGGUGAACAGGUACGCGGCGGCCCACAAGGUCGCCGACGCCAUCAAGGUGUUCUACAAGAGGAGGGAGUACGGCCUGGACCUAGACCUGAGCGCCUUCCAGAAGCUCCUGACGGCCCUCUGCCGGUACAAGCACGUCGAGGAGGCGGAGGCCCUCUUUUUGCAGAAGCGGGCGGAGUUCCCCCCCGUGAUUCGGAGCAGGAACAUAAUCCUCAAUGGCUGGUGCGUGCUGGGAAGCUUGCGGGAGGCCAAGCGGUUCUGGAACGACAUUGUCACCUCCGACUGUAAGCCCGACCUGUACACCUACGGCAUCUUCAUCAACUCCCUGGCGAAGGCCGGGAAGCUGGGCACCGCCGUGAAGUUAUUCACCGCCAUGUGGGCGAAGGGCUGCAGCCCGGACGUGGCCAUCUGCAACUGCAUCAUCGACGCCCUGUGCUUCAAGAAGAGGAUCCCCGAGGCGCUCGAGGUCUUCCGGGAGAUGGACGGGCGUGGAUGCCUGCCCGACACGGCGACCUACAACACCCUGCUGAAGCAUCUCUGCGGGAUCGGUCGCAUGGAGGAGGCCCGCUCGCUCCUGUCAGAGAUGGAGCAGCGGCGGGGAGGAUGCGCGCCAAACGCCAGGACCUUCACGUACUUUUUAAAGGCUGCAAAGGAUGCUGGCGAAGCGGCGGCGAUGGUUUCCCGGAUGAGGAGCGCCGGCUGCGAGCCCGACGCCGACACCUACAACCUGCUGCUGAACCUGUACGUGCGGUGGGGCGACCGGAGGGGCGUAGCGUCGAUAUGGUCGGAGAUGGAGGACCGGGGGCUCGGGCCCGACCAGCGUUCCUACACCGUCGUCAUCCACGGGCUCCGCGGGCGGGGCAGACUAGACGAGGCCCGGCAGGUCUACGCCGAAAUGAAGUCCAAGGGGAUGAUUCCGGAGCCCAGGACCCGCCUGCUCAUCAAGGCUAUCGAGCUGGGGAGGACGACGAAGCAGACGUGA